UUUGUGCAAUGUACGCAACCAUUUCCCGCGCCUCGUGCACAUUUUAAUCGAUUUGUUAAUGUACCGACACACGUAUCUGAACAAUCAGAAUAACUCCUCCAUCUGGUUCCAUAACACGACUAAAACAAGAUCAACAUUGUGAUUUGACUUCUAGACCGCGCCAUUGUUGUUUUCGUCUAGCCAGCGGUGACGUAAGGGACAUUCUAGCCAAUCAGAUGCUCGGAGUUGAAUCUAUCAAAUUCCACAUGGCACGGCGUUCAUUCUGAUGAGUGUCCAGCAAUCUCGAGACAGCGUUCAUUGGGUAGCUGCACAUGUGUAGGAACUUUUGUUUUCCUAUCAUUUUCUAAAAUACAACGCACAGGAAAGAUAUCUAACGCCAAGACCAGACCAUUAGCUUCGCUACUGAUGAACGGGACCGUAGCGGAAUGACAAGCCUAGGUACUCACCACCGUAUAAUCAAUUACUCGCAAACCAAUAACAUAUAACGUGGGUCAAUAGCCAUUUGCUACGUUUGCCUUGUCCGGGGUCUGGGUUAUACACUGAUUCAAUUUACAACCUUAAAAACAUUUCCCGUGGAGUUGCAUAUACAAAAAAAGCUAGCGGGGAGGAGACAUUUGAACAUCUGCCGAGGAGCUUGAAGGGGAUGAAGGAAGACAGUUCUCCAUCCCGGACUAAAAAACCCAAAGCAAUGCCGAGGAAAGCACACGGUGGGCAGAGUCAUAUCAAUGGCGACGCACCGGACGGGGCGUUCGAAGAAGUCGAGGCCAACGCAUCCCUUCGAAGAGGCGGGUCAUUCAAAGCCCCAAGUUUAAAAUACUGUAGCAGUAAAUAUUUUGCCGGGGCGGCAGCUGCUGGUGCUUCAAAUUUUGAAACAACCUCGCCUUCCAGAUCACAUUCCUGCAGACGACCAAGGAGACCACGUGACCUGGAGAUUUCGUCACGUGAGUAUCGUCCCCGGGCACUCAGUAUGCCCUCCAAAGGGAUGCAUGGUCGCCCAAGACACCCUGAACACGCAGACGAUUCAGAAUCUGGAGCAAUCGGACCGGACAAUGUUGAGAAUAACGACGAUGAAUAUUUGAUGAAAGUACGCUCAUUUACUCUUUCGUCAAAGGGACUGAAAAAUCGUGGCGACUCGACGAAGCGGAAGUCCCGCAGUAAUCAAAGCGUGAAGUCCAGUGAAAAUUACGUCAUGACGGAACAGGAAUUUCGUGAACGUGCGUCCAGCGUGACCUCCAUGGGCAGUGGGGCUCACUGUGACAGCAGUUCUGACAUCAGCGGCGACGGGGAGGUGCCGCCUUAUAAAGUCGUCAUGCUUGGAGCACCAAAAGUGGGACGAACCGCGCUGGCGAGACAGUUUCUGACGUCAGAAUACCUAGGGGCGUUUGAUACGAGUAUAGAUGAUGGAAUAGAAAAAUCAGUGUCAGUUUUACUAGAUGGUAAAGAGACGGAAAUGCGGAUUUUAGAGCCUCCUGCAGAGCAGCAAGAGACAGGUCUUCACGGAGACGCUGACGCAGUAAUUAUGGUUUACUCUCUAGCAGACCGGGCCUCGUACCAGUACGCCACAGAUGUGCUCUUCAAGUUAAGGAACGAUUACGUCUCCGACCAGGCUAUCAUACUUAGUGGGGAAUAAAGCCGACAUUGUGCGGGCAAGGACCAUAACCCAAGAAGAGGGGCGGGCCACAGCUAUGGCGUACGACUGCAAAUUCAUUGAAACGUCAGCCUUGCUUAACGACCAAGUCGACGAGUUGCUAGUUGCAACACUGCGGCAGAUAAGGCUCAAAGAGAAAGAAAGAAAGAAGAAGCGGAAAAAGGAACAAGAAGGAUGUGUGACAAAGACGGCGCGAGAAAUUAUAUCUUUGUUUUGGAGGAAGGACAGACAGCUAUCAAAAUCCUGCGACGAUUUGUACGGGAUGUAUUGAUUUAAUUGACCUCUGAACGUUUAUAUAUUUUUCUUUUGUCAUUUUGUAUCAUUUAUUUCAAUUGUAAAGUCAUGGAUUCCUCUGACAUCAAGUUCGAUAUCUUUUGCAAGACGUUCAUCAAUGGAGAAGUCUCCAUUAAAACUAAUGGGUAGCGUU